GACUCCUAGCGGAGCGGGGAGGGGGAGGGAGGUUUGCUUCGGAAGAGCCCUCCCCCUCUCGCCCCGCGACUCCUCACUCCUCCCGACGCCUCCGGACGGUCCAGCCGCUGGUGUCGCCGUGUCAGGCCAGGGGAGGAGGUGGCGGCAAGGUCGCAGUCCCGCCCGCCGCCGCCCCCGCCCGCUCCGAGUGCUUCCAGCCCCACGCGUCACCCGCGGCCUGCGCUCCCGCAGCUCCGGCGCCGCAGCGCGGAGCGGGCGCCCAGGGCGAGGGGCCGGGCGGAGGCGGAGGCGCGGACGCGGGCGGCUCCCAUGAGACACGCGCGUGGCGGCUCGGUCCCCAGGCCCAGGUGAGCCGGCGCCAUGGGGCAGGCGAGCUGCAAGGGGCUCUACCAGUCGCUGUUCGACUACAAGACCGAGAAGUAUGUCAUCGCCAAGAACAAGAAGUUGGGUGUUCCUAGUGAAGAAGAGUUACCAAGACACCGACACCUCCCUGCAGAGCAGCAUCAUCACCAAAGUCAAGGGCGUGAUCUUCACCAACACCUCGGAGCUGGGGGAGCGGCUCUGGGAUGUUGCUGACUACGUCAUCCCACCCCAGGUCUGCACCCCGGCUGGCCGGGCUGGGACCCAGGGACCUCCAUUGUCUCCCGUGGCCCAGAACAGCUGCCAGGGGGGAGAACGUCUUCUUCGUCAUCACCAACCUGGUUGUGACCCCCAACCAGCGCCAGGAAACCUGUGCUGAGAAUGAAAGCAUUCCUGACGCUGUGUGCUCCGAGGACAGUGACUGUCCUCCUGGGGAGCCUGUCGUGACCGGAAAUGGAGUGAGGACUGGCCGCUGCCUGCGGGCAGAGAACAUGCAAAGGGGCACCUGCGAGAUCUUCGCCUGGUGCCCAGUGGAAACAAGGUCCAGGCCAGAGAAGCCUCUCCUGGGCAAGGCUGAAGACUUCACCAUUUACAUAAAGAACUUCAUUCGUUUCCCUAAAUUCAACUUCUCCAAGACCAAUGUGCUGGACACCAAAGACAGAGCUUACCUGAGGUCCUGUCGGUUUGGCCCCAAGGACCCCUACUGCCCCAUCUUCCGACUGGGGUCUGUGGUCAGCUGGACGGGGAGCGACUUCCAGGAGAUAGCCCUGCAGGGCGGUGUGAUAGGGAUCCAGAUCGAGUGGGACUGUGAUCUUGACAAAGCUCCUUCUGAAUGCAACCCUCGCUAUUACUUUAGCCGCCUGGACCGCAGGUUUCCUGGAAACUCUGUCUCCUCGGGGUAUAACUUCAGGUUUGCCAAAUAUUACCGCGAUGAAGCCGGGGUGGAGUUCCGCACCCUGAUCAAAGCCUACGGGAUCCGCUUUGAUGUCCUGGUGAAUGGCAGGGCAGGGAAGUUCAACAUCAUCCCCACAAUCAUCAACGUGGGCUCAGGGGUGGCACUCAUGGGUGUUGGGUCUUUCUUCUGCGACCUGAUACUCAUCUACUUCAUCAAAAAGAGCCACUUUUACAGAAACAAGAAAUUCGAGGAAGUACGGGUUCCCAACCACCCUCUGUGUGCCCCUCACCACCCACACGCAGGUCUGGCCACCCGGGGAAUGGAAAGGUGACCGUGGAGCAGCUGCAGAACCUGCAGACAGUGGAGGCGUAGCCAGAGGCAGCUGAGAGCAGAGUUAGUGAAGACGUCGGGCAGAACUGGCUGAAGCUCUGAACGGGAAGAGCGAGGAGCCUCUGUGUCUGCAUGGACUGGGGCUUCCAGGAGCCACCAUCCCUCCUGCACUUUGGGAUCUUACUACCAGCUUUCUGUUGUGUGUGGGGGAGGGGCAGGCCAGGGUGUAAAUGAUACUAGGUGUUUUCAUGUUUUCUGAGAACCUAGUUGGACAUUCAUUCACUCAUUUAUUCAUACAUGCAGUAAACUCUUUUUGCUGUGGGCUGGCCCCUAUCCAAGAGAUGCUUAAAUGAGACCCUGACCUGGCCCUCAGGGAGCAGAGCAACCGUGUAAUUCCCUCUAGAGACAACAGACUCACAGCCAGGCUCAGCCAUUCUGGCCUUCCUCCAGCCUCUAGUUCACUUUCACUGAGGGGAGGCAGGGAGGCCUCACUCCAGUCUGACCUGCCCAGCCGGAGGCUCUGGGCAUAGCAUCUCAUGGGAGACACUGUGGUUUGGCUCUUGCUGUUCUGUGGGGUUGGGUGUCCUUGCCCAGCUCCCCUUCCUCUCUCCUCAAAGGCUGGCUGGGUCUGAAGGGGUAAGGACAGGGUGCUCACUCAGCAGGUGGGAGCAGUUGUUAGGGAGGCCCUCACCCCUCACCCUCCUUCCCCACCCCACCCUGCUGCUCCCUCCCUUACUGUCUGUAGAGCUUCUCUCCUCAAGGUGUGGUCCCUGGGCCAGCAGCCUUGGCAUCACCCGGGAGCUUGUUAGCCCUUCCCUUCCUCCUAAAUCAGGGCCUGUGUUGCAAUGGGGCUCCCGGGGGACUCGCGUGCUCCUUACACUCAGAAGCCCUGCAAGGGUGGGGAGCUCUGCAAAGCCUGGUUCUGAGGGAGGAAAGAGCCAGCUUCGGUGGGUGGCGCCAAUUUCCAGGCCAAACUUACUAGUGCACACAUUCUCCCUUGAAACUACAGGACCCCCCUUCCUGCCCAGGGAAAGGAGCAUUACACUCAAUUCAUUUAAAUCAAAAUAUUUUAACUAGGCAACACUUAUAUGAUUCAAAAUUUUAAAGGUACAAAAGAAUAGCAAAAGCUUCCCUCCCACCUGUUCUUGAGGCCACCUGUGUUACCAAUUCCAAGAGGCUCCCUCGUUUUCAAACUGAGAAUCCACUUGUUACUCAGGACGUGAACUUUUCCUCAUGCCUGCAGCAUCAGACCACGUCUCCUGUCAGAAAGGGACACGAUGGAAUCGGCUGGGAGCCAGAGAGCUUGCUUCUCCCUCCCCGUGUCUGGGAGCCCCUGUGUAAACCCAGGGGGAGAGGCCUAGAACUCUGCUUCAACUAUGGCCGCAAAGGCCUGCAGUGCCCGUUGCACAGCUGCCAGGACACUGGGGCGCUCCUCUCUGGAAGUGCUCCCUCAGGUCUUUGGAGAGGGUCAGAAGGGGCUGGAAGGUUUCUGGUGAGGCUCCACCACCAGGGAGGAAGGUUGUGGUCCCUGCAACAGGAAGCCUUUUGGAGCAAGCAGCUCCCUCCCCGUGGGCUGCCUGGUAACCAGUCCACAGCCCACCUGCUCUCUGAAUAGAAAGUGAAAAAUCGCCCUGACCGGUUUGGCUCAGUAGAUAGAACAUCGGCCUGCGGACUAAAGGGUCCCAGGUUGGAUUCCAGUCAAGGGCAUGUGCCUUGGUUACAGGCACAUCCCCUAGUAGGGGGUGUGCAGGAGGCAGCUGAUCGAUGUUUCUAACUAUCCCUCGCCCUUCCUCUCUGUAAAAAAAAAAAAAAAAAUUAAAAAAAAAUUUAAAAAAAAUAUUUUUUUUAAAAGUGAAAAAUUGGGCGAUCCAUUAUGAUAUUUCACUUCAUCACUAAAGCCAACUCUUGGAUUGGGUAAUGUAGCCUCUUUUAUGUUUAGCAGGAAGUAACAAGGGCAGGGGCAUGGCUGCUCAGGGUUGAUCUGGUUUCUCUUAACCUAUUUUUGGAAUUGCUUGGCAGGAGCCAUAAAACAUAGCAACAGUUGUACUGUUUAUUUUAUAUUGGAAUGAAAAUGUCCUCCUACACUAUUCGGUCAGUAAAUAUUUAUUGAAUA